AAAUAAAUGUGAACAUUAUACAUUUCAGACGAACAGAAAUGAACGAUGCACCAAACAAAUCUGGUGUACAUCGUACCGUCGUAUAUCGUACGUUGUACAAUCCUCUUAUGUACACUGGCUGGUAGCACUUUAAGUAGCAAUGUUUACACCACCAAUAGCUUGGAAACCUUUUGUUACAAAGAUGGUGCAAAGCGAGAGGUUGCAAUUUUUAACAAACCUCACAUGUACGUGUUUAAUUCUACAGUCUCCACAACCUUCAAGUGUCAUUUAGAACUGGAACAGCAGUCCAGGAUUUCAGCUGGUUUCUCUGUGUAUAUCCAGUCUAUGGACUUUAUACAAGAUGAGGAGUGUUCCAGAGAUUAUGUUCAGUUCGGAAAGGAUGUUCUCUUUAUAACAACAUCGAAAAGUAAAAAAUUUUGUGGCCAUAUUCCACCACCUGUACAAAGGCUAAAUGGUGAACUUCACGCAGGGUUCGAACCAGAUAUACAUACAGAGAAGAGAAAACAUAAAGAAGAUUCAACUCUGGAGAUGGAUGUUUGGAUAAAGAUUGAAGGUGGAGGUAGGAAAGAACUUGUUUUAAUUAUAACUCCGCACUCUAUGUGCAGCAGAAGAAGCACAGGAACCAGGCCAUGUCCUAAUUCAUCUGAAUGUAUCAGCUCUGAAUUAUUCUGCGAUGGUAAAGUUAACUGCAUCAGUAAUAGUUUAGACGAGGACAGUAGGUUUUGUCCUCACUUAGAGGCUGGUGGACUGACAGAAUCCCCAAUAGGAAUUCCCUUGAUUUUAAUUAUCUGUGUUGUUCUAGUCGUCUUCAUUACCUUCACCUUCUUUGCUGUAAAGGAAGGUUUAAAGCGUAUGAAAGGUAUGCCCGGGCCCCGUCCUGACCGGUCAGUACAAGAUCAGCUGCCUGCCGGUCAGCAGCUACUCAGCUGCUCCGCCCCUCCGCCAGAUUCAUGCGGAGACCUCCCACCAUUUCCGCCUUCAUACGCAGAGGCUGUAGGACAGUUUUCAGAGCCUGUUCCUAAACAACUACUAAUUGUACUGUAG